UCAAAUUGCUUGUAAACCUUGCAAAUACCUUGUCAAUGUUUGUAUGUGUUUACGGUAUUCAGUCACGCUCUUAAACACACUUACAAUCAGUGCUUUUUUUGUAAAAAAAAAAAAGGUGCCGGAACUCGGUUCUGGGUGUUCUAUGACAAAAAAAGCCCUGCUUACAAUCAUAUCUGCUUUGCAUAAACACAUUUUCAUGUGAACUUGCAAUAUCCAGACACAAUUCUGUUGAUAAAAGGGCCAGAACAAAUUGGUGGCUUGAAAACUACAAAGAGAGAGAAACGGAAGUAAAUAGAUGAUCUAAUCUUUAUCUGUACACAGGCAUUUUCUAAUUUCUCCCAGGCUUGCCUUGCCAAAGGUGAUGAUCAUAAUUCUGUGAAGUAAAAACGGUCGGGGUGAUGCAACAUUUUAAAACUCCCUGCAUCCUGGAUGACAAAGCCCUUCUACUAUGUUCACCUAGUAUGCUAUACCUUAAUACAGGGAGUCCUUGACUUACUACAGUUCAUUUAGUGACUGUUCAAAGUCAAGCCAAGCCAAGCCAAGCCAGUCAAGUCAAGUCAUUCCUGGUAUGGAAAAGUCCUUCAAAGCUAUUCUUUAACUCAAGUUGGGCACCUUGGAUCUGAAUGUAUUUAUUCAUUGAAAAGACCUAGGUGGCCAUCUAUACCUUAAAAGUACAACUAUAGGUGGCUCACAACCAACAAAAAAAAGCAAUAAGCAAUAAAAGCAAAACCUGGUUGACUCGCCAUCUUUCUCCAAUACAUCCAGAAAAAGGUUCCUGUUCUUCGCCCUCUCCAUAUUUCAUGAUCCAUUUCAAAGGCAGAAGUCUUUUGGAUUCCUUGAUGUCAGCGGCGGUUGCCAUUGCGUCACCAUCAAGACUAAAGACCCCGGUCAACCGCAGAAGGGGAAGUAUCCAGCCUCCGUUACCCUUGGGCAACUUGCUGUUGUGACCCGUGUUGACUUCAGGGAUUUUGAUGCCAAGCUUGGCAGAGUUGAGUUUCCUUUGGUGCCCUGCCUUGUCAGUGCUUCUUCUUUUCUGCGUGUGUGUCUGCGAGCGUGGGUUUUGUGUGUGGGUGAGGACCACGCCCAAUCCAAAGAGACGACUAAAAGCAAGGUUCCCCCUUUAGUUAGUCAACUGCAGAAGAAUGGUGGAGAAGUCUGUAGCGGUCGUUGUUCAACUUGUCUUGGUGUCCGCUUUCUGGCUUUUGUGCCCAACCCUGGUGGAUUCUACAGCCAGCAUCUGCCCCAGGUGUCCAGCAGAUUCAGAAUUUCUGCGGAAAAUUCAGCUCCAGAUCAUGUGGUUGAAACGACCUACUCGAGACUUGUACAAAUCCUAUCUGUCUCACAUGGGCCUGCAGGACGACUUGCGCCUGUUUUGCCAGUUGCCCAUCGCUUGGCUCCCCAGUAGAAACAUCACAAAGAAGCCGGAGAGGCUGCUCUUGCAAGAACUCUACACCACUGUGGUCCGUAUGGAGAGAGCUCUGAAGGCCUUGGAAAAUCAGCAGGCGGAUGCAGAGAUGCCUUUGUCCCACCAGCUGGCAACAGUGUCUCUCUCACUCACCGGCCUCCUUUCCAACAUCCAGUGUGCUCACUGCUUGAGGGGCCUUCGCCCGGUCCCCAUCACGCCUUCAGAAUGGACCCAAGACUCCUCGUCCUUUGCUCAAAAGAUGGAAGGUUGCCAGGUCCUCUGGAAUCUCUCCAGCUUCGUCAGGGGUUUAGCAAAGGUUUUCCAAAAGGAAAAGGUGAAAGGCAAAAGACCCGAAAGGCGGAAGAAGAAGAAGGGAAAAAUACAUCGCUCCUUUCUCUCGGCAGGGAUGCCGUAGAGCGUGAAACAGAGGUGUCAUUCAACCAGUCAUGUUCGUUGAGUUCAAGGGUUAUCCCAGGGCGGCCGAAAAAUGGUUUUCAGUGGGAACCUGACCGUUUCUCUCCAGUGAUUCAGUAACCAGUGAUGCUGCCUGACUAAACCUCUUGAUGCUACAAAAGUCAGAAUGAUCUGUAGUUUGAUUUGCACGUGUAUGAUUUUCACGUUCAGUUUCUGCUCCCAAGCAGCUAACUCCAUCGCUGAGGUGGAAGAAAAAUUCUACUCUCUUUCUACCCGCCCCACAGUUUUCAUUCCAUUUGAACUACCUUACCUGCGAAAGAAAUUCUUUUCAGGGAGGUCAUGUUUGCAGAGGGUGUGUUAAGAUUGCACGUAAAGGCUGCACAUUUAAUGUGGUGGUUGAAUUUAUCCCUUUUUGAUGGGUUCGGGCCAUACACGUGGCUGCCCGGGGAUGAAACAGGCUGUGCAAAUGGAAUUACUAAAUGCAAACUAAGAUUAACACUAAUCAUGCUAUGCAUGUUGCAAAAAACAUACUUGACCUGGUUAAACAUGAAGUUGAUGCAGGGAUGCGAUGUGUGAGAGUUGUUGUUCAUUGUCAAUGGUUUCAUGGUUCGUGGCCUUCCUGUCACCCUACAAAGUAGAUCACAUCAAGAAAUCAUAGAAAAGCUAUGUAACUUUGUUGAGCUAGGCCAAUGUUUGAAAAACAAAAAAAAUCUCAGCAGAUGGGUGGACUUUGACUCCCAGAAUUCCCCAGCCAGCAUGGUGGACGUUGGUCCACACAUCUUAAAAGUUGCUGAGAAAUCCCAAGAUAGAAUACAGUGUAGCAGUGUUUCUCAACCUUAGACUUCAACUCCCAUAAUUCCCUAGCCAGCAUGGAAAUUCUGUUUUUGAAGUCCAGACCUCUGAAAUUGCUGAGGUUGCAAGGGAUACAGGUUUCCAAUUUCUUGAAAUUCUUUAAAAUCACACAUCGUGCGAAUUGCUGGUGGAUUCUGGGAGCCCACCCAUCUCAAAGCAUGCUGGUUGGGGAAUUCUGGGAGUUGAAAUCCAUCCAUCUCAAAGUUGCUGAAUCUGAAAAGAUAGGAUAAAGUAAUAGAAUCUUUCCUGAUGCUGAGGAAAGAUUUUGAGAGCCUCUUGUUGACUUUUUCCAAAAUAGGAAACAACUCUCUUGGUUAAGGAUAAAUCCCCUUCUUGAAGAUGGUCAGAGAAACCAUCUUUUGCCUGGAAAAACUAGGAGGAGGCGUCCUUCUUGUUCCGCAGCCCACAAAUUGGGUGGAUCCCUUCGAAAAGGCCAUUUGUGCCCAGCUGUUUUCUGAGACGUGUAAUAUGAUUUCAUUAUUUAUUGAACUUCAUAGAUCCUCGAUGUCUAAAAGCCUAUUUAAAAUGUUGCAAUUGGUAUUUAUAUGAAGGAUGUUUGUGUUUUGU